AAGUCUAGGUCCAGCGAGCUACACCCUUAAAAACGCUCAGCAUGAACGCGCAUGAACGCAGCCGUCAGGUAGCGCCUACAGCCCCUCCUCUCGGGGCAGCGCACCUGAGCGGACAGGACGCCACACCUGGCUCACACUGGAGCCGCGCUCAAUGCCGCGGCGCAGAGACAACGGGAAAUAAACCGGCGUCGUUGGGACCGACUUCUCUUAUGGGACAUGGAGCCGGCCUAUCGGGGUCUGGGUCGCUGCGUGUGCUGCUUCUGGCUCGCGGUGGUGUUUGACAUCGUGGGACUGGCCGUGCUCCUGCUCGGCGUGUUCGCCAACGUGUUUUUCUACGACCUGCUCAUCUACGCGGGCGCCAUCGUCAUCUUCCUCAGCCUCAUCUGGUGGGUGUUCUGGUAUUCUGGGAACAUCGAAGUGCCCCCGUCAGAGCUGGAGGAUGAUGUGGGGUUACUGAAGAAGAACAAGGGCGGACUUGGGGGCAUCAGCGGCGCCGUGAGACGUCUCUCCAGCCGCGUGUCCACCGGCAUCCGAAACUCGUUCCGCAGGAACGGAGAACCGUCCGCAGCCCAUACGGCCCGCACGCCCAGGUCAGCCUCGGGGCCACCUGUGUCACCGCCGGAGCGGGUGACCGUAGCCAUGGCAACGAUGGCCAAUACCACACAGACCUCCUCAACAGCAGACUGUGGCGUAGAGAUGCCCCACACCGCUACAGAGACAUCACCUGCAUAAUGACAGGCGUACAGGUGAGGCCUGCGUACAGGUGAGGCCUGGCUCACAGUGC